AUGGCUUUCUCCGUUUCACUUCGCUCUACUACCUCUUCUCCAUCUCACUCGCAGUUGUUUUGCUCGGUUAGGUUCAAUAGGAGGCGUGCUAGUAGCCGAUUAGGUUUCCAGUCGGACGGCGGAAGAAGAUCUCGCCGUUUUCGGAAUAGUGUUAGUGUUUGGUCGGUUUUGAACGACAAUAGGCCUAGCUUGAAUAGUUAUGGAGCGGCGGAGUCUGCUAGGGUUUUGUUCGAGAGGUUGUUCGACCAGACGCAGAGCCGGUUCAGCGGGGAGGAACUGGAUCUUCGGAUUCUGGAAUCGGAUCUCGAGGCGGCGUUGACGGCGCUGAAGAAGAAAGAGGAUCACUUGAUGGAAGCGGAGAGGACGGUGUUGUUGGAGAAUAGUAAGUUGAAGCACACGAAGGAGGAGUUGGAGCGGCAAGAGAGUGAGAUUCAGGCUGCUAAGGUUAAGUAUGAGAAGCUCCAGGAGGAGUUGAAGGAAACUACUGUUCAACUGGUUGCUCAGGCGAGCCAGGUGGAGGAGCUGAAGCUUACGGUUAGAGAUCGGGAUCGAGAGAUUGAUGCGGUCCGGUCUGCUCUAAGGUUGAAAGAGGGGGAAGUGGAUAAAAUGAGGGUUGAAAUGGAGGUGAAGAGUCAGGAGGCUGCGGUUCUUGACUCUGAGCUUAGAGAGAGGGAGAAGGUUCUCGAUGAAGCAAAUGAGGUUAUGAAGAAACAAAGGGCUGAGCUUGAGGAGCUGAAGAAGGCGGUUCAAGAGAAAGAGGAGGAGAUUGAGGUCUUUGUGGAUCAGAGGGAGGUUGAGAGGGAGAAGCUGAAGGUUGCCGAGGCCAAUUUGGAGAAGCAGGCGAUGGAUUGGUUGUUGGCGCAGGAGGAGCUGAAGAGGCUGGGAGAGGAUGCUGCGAGGCAUGCCGCGGAGAGUAAUGAGACUUUGGAGGAUUUCAGAAGGGUGAAGAAGCUUCUCAAUGAUGUGAGGUUGGAAUUGGUUUCGUCUCAGCAAGCGUUGGCAUCUUCUAGAAGCAAAAUGGAAGAGCAAGAGCGGUUGUUAGAACAACAGCUGUCUGAGCUUUCACAGCAGAGGGCAAGUGUCAUGUCAUACAUGGAAAAUUUAAAGGAUGCACAGAUAGAAGUGGAGAGUGAAAGAACAAAACUCAGGGUUGCCGAAGUACAUAACAAAGAGCUUGAACGGGAUCUGAAGAUGGAAAAGGAGCUUAUUAGUGAGUUAGAGGAGCAGCUGAAGAAAGAGAGAACUUCUUUAGCACAGGCAGUCACAGAAAUGGAUUUGCUUCAACGGGAACUGGAGAAAAAAAGUGCUGAAUUUAGAGAAAUAAGUGCUGUUCUUCAGGUCAAAGAGUCAGAGCUCGUUGAUGCUAAGCUAGAAAUCCAGCGUUUGAAAUCUGAUAAAGCUGCCCUUCAGGGUAUCUUGGAGGAGAAAGAUUUGGAGCUUUCCAAUGCUAGGAAGAUGCUGGUGGAAGUUAACCAGGAAAUCUCCGAUCUUAAGAUGCUUAUGAACAGCAAAGAAACCCAGCUUAUUGAAGCAACCAGAAUGCUAAGGGAGAAAGAUGAGCAUAUGGAGAUAAUCCAGAGCAAUUUGAAUAAUACCAACCAGAAGGCUUUCGAAGCUGAAACAGUGGUAGAAAGAAUUUUAGAUCUCACAAACAAACUGGUUGCCUCCAUUAAGGAUGAAGGCACCAGUUCGCCGAGCCCACUACUAGAUGCAAUGGGUAAUCAACUGCUUGAGCAAUUAUCGGAGGAACCUGCUAAUGAAAUGAGAUGGCUACAAAAAAGACUUAAGAAUGAGCUUGAGUUGGCCAAGGAAAACUUAAAAGAAAAGGAGAUGGAGGUUCUUGCUGCGCAGAGGGCACUAACAAUAAAAGAUGAGGAGCUGAAAAUGACUCUUGCAAGAUUGGAUGCGAAAGAGGAAGAGUUGAAAAAAGUAAGGGAAGAGGUGACAGAAGAUUCUAAUGAUCUUAAAAGGUUGUAUGCUUUGGCACAGGAGAAAAUUGGUGAGACAAGCUUAGGAGAUUUGGCUAUUGAGAAACUUCAGCUUGAGGCAGCUCAGCUUGAAGUUGAAGCUGCUACCAAUGCCCUGCAAAAACUUGCCGAAAUGAGUCGAGAACUUCUGAAUAAGGCUAUCUUGAGUGUUGAAGCUGAUGACUAUAUCAGUGCUGUGCCAAGUAAUGACGAAAACCCCAAUUCGAUCACAGAUACCAAUAAAUUUGACUGUUUCUCUGAGAUAAAAGCAGGAGUGGCUCGACUCUCAGCUUUGUCUGAGCAACUUGUGAUGGAGGCUGGUAUUGCUGCUGCAAACUAG